CAAAAAGUGGUCAUUGGGUAAUGAUAACGCAAUGGCUACUCUGGAAUUGGAUGAGAGGGUUGUGUGUGCUAAUGCUUCUUUUGGCUCGCAUACUUAUAACACCUUGAUUGAUACGUAUGGAAAGGCUGGUCAACUGAAAGAGGCAUCUGAGACUUUUGCGAAGAUGCUUAAACAAGGCGUGGCACCAACCACGGUGACAUUCAAUACGAUGAUUAACAUUUGUGGAAACCAUGGACAGUUAGAGGAAGUAAGUUUGCUUGUCCGGAAAAUGGAAGAACUUCGAUGCUCGCCGAACACAAGGACAUAUAAUAUUCUAAUCUCUCUUUAUGCUAAGCAUGAUGAUAUAGGCAUGGCAACAAAGUAUUUUGAAAUAAUGAAGGAGGCCUGCCUUGAGCCUGAUCUUGUGAGUUACCGUACUCUUUUGUAUGCAUACUCAAUAAGGAAAAUGGUUGGUGAAGCAGAAGAGCUUGUAAAGGAGAUGGAUGAGAGGAGGCUUGAAAUUGAUCAAUAUACCCAGUCUGCUUUGACUAGGAUGUACAUAAAAGCUGGAAUGCUUGAUCAGUCCUUGUUAUGGUUUCUGAGGUUUCAUGUAGCUGGCAAUAUGACAUCUGAGUGCUAUGCUGCCAGCAUUGAUGCAUAUGGGGAGCAUGGGCAUACAUUGGAAGCCGAGAAAGUCUUCAUUUGGAGCCAAAAACAGAAGAAUCUCAGUGUCCUUGAGUUCAAUGUGAUGAUUAAAGCUUAUGGCAUAGGGAAAUGCUAUGAGAAGGCAUGUCAAUUGUUUGAUAGUAUGGAGCAACAUGGUGUAGUUGCAGACAGAUGCAGCUAUACUUCUCUCAUACAAAUUUUGACCACUUCUGACCAGCCGCAUAUGGCCAAACCAUAUCUGAAAAAAAUGCAGGAGGCAGGAUUAGUAAGUGAUUGCAUCCCAUACUGUGUUGUGAUUUGCAGCUUUGCAAAAUUAGGCCAAUUGGAAAUGGCUGAAGAUAUAUACUGGGAAAUGAUUAGGCAUGGUGUGCAGCCUGAUGUUAUAGUUUACAGCAUAUUAAUCAAUGUUUUCUCUGAUGCUGGAAGGGUUAAAGAAGCCAUCAGUUAUGUUGACGAAAUGAAGAAAGCUGGCUUGCCAGGGAAUACAGUUAUAUAUAAUUCAUUGAUCAAGUUGUAUGCAAAAAUUGACAACCUGGAAAAAGCACAAGAAGCAUACAAGUUGCUUCAAUUAUCAGAAGAAGGUCCUAAUGUAUAUUCUUCAAACUGUAUGAUUGAUCUUUAUGUUAAGCAAUCUAUGGUUGGCCAAGCAAAACAGAUAUUUGAUACCUUAAAGAAAAAUGGAGGUGCAAAUGAAUUUACAUUUGCAAUGAUGCUAUGCUUGUAUAAGAAAAUUGAAAGGUUUGAUGAAGCCAUUCAAAUUGCAAAACAGAUAAGAAAAUUGGGACCCUUGACAGAGUUAAGUUAUAACAAUGUGCUUGACCUGUAUGCUAUUGCUGGGAGACCCAAGGAAGCAAUAGAGACUUUUAAGGAAAUGGUAAGAGCUUCCAUUCAAGUUAAUGAUUGUAGUCUUAGAUCACUUGGAAAUCUUUUGUUGAGAUAUGGAGUAUCAAGGCUGGCUGUUGGCAAAUUAGAAGCAUUGGUGAAAAAGGAUGCUUCCAACGGUUUGCAGGAAUGGAUGUUAGCACUCUCAAGUGUGCUUGAAGUAGAUGAUUAUGAUCAUGACUAGAUAUAUCCUCUGCAAUCAAGCAUGCAAAGUUCAGUUGAUUGUUUAAAUGACACUGCGUUAAAGUUGUGAGAAUAGACAAACAACUUUUGAACGUGAUCUAUUCUAUGUAAACCUUGCAAAGUUGCAAUAUGACUAUGGACUGAGGUAUGAGGAUCACCUUGUACUUUUUGCCAAAUACGGAGCAAAGAAAUUCUGAAGCCGAGACUUUGAACUGAUGCAGCGAGACAGAAUCCAAGCAUAAAUCUUUUAAAUUUGGUUGGACCUAAGUGUAAAUUGAAAGAUAAAAGUGUACUUUAUGAAACCCUAUGUUGUAUAAAUUUUUCUGUAUUUAAUGUAAAUAUAAAUUUCCUUUUUCAGAAUGAA